AACUCUCAUCGCCAUGCUGUUUCCUUUGCUCGUCGCCCUAUUAUCCAUACCUAUCAUGUUCCUUUUCCUGACUUAGCAGAAUAUGGGUUAGAUGUCUCUCAAUAUCUCCAUAACUUAGGUUGGGACUUUCUUAUGGCUGCUCCUGUUGAGUAUGUUUGUCCUGAAGCAGUGCGGUUGUUCUACUCAAACUUUCGUUCAUUUGGACUCCACACUUGUACCUUCACCACUCUUGUGUAUGGCCAUCUAGUCACUGUCCCGCUUGAACAUCUCCGCCAUCUCUUGCAUAUUCCUAGGGUAGGAGAAGUCCUUGCCAAUGAGGCUGAACUUGUGCAUUUCAACUUCAACAUUGAACAUGAGUUUGUUCAUCUCACUGGUCACACCCCUGAUGCAUUACUCACCCUCCCCUCUGCCUUUUUGUUGCCUUCCCUGCGUACUUUUCACUUUCUCCUCACUCGUAGGUUCCUUCCUAGGACUGUACUGCUUGACAGAGUCACCCCCCUUGAUCUCUGGAUCAUCACUCAUGCCACUGCAAAUGUCCCUCUGGAUUACUGUCAUCUGUUAUUCGGAGGGUUAUAUCCCUUUCAGCAGUUUGAAUAUCUGGGACAUCUUCCCUUUGGCCCUCUCAUCACCCGUCUCAUUCUUCGCCUUGGGAUUUCUCUUGAUCCAUUCCGUACCACCACUCCUAAUGUGUUUCUGAACGCGGAUGACAUUCUUAAUGAGAUUGCGGAUGACAUCGUUGAGGGGGAGGAUGAUGCAAAAAUAGAGGAAGAAUCUGCUGAGGAGGAUCCUGAAGAAGAUCCUGAGAAAGGUGGUGAUGGUCAUGACUUAGAAGUCAACUGGAUCAGUAGUGAUACUUCUGGGUCAGACUCAUCUGACUCAGAAUCAUCUGACUCCACUGACCCACCUCCUUUGGAUGAGGUCUUUGCUGCCUUGCAGGAUAUUCGUGAUAUCUAUGGAUCUGAUUGAGUUACUUGAGUUCUGAUUAUCUUUCUGGUUUGCUGGACAUGUUUUACCAGUUGAAGUGAUUGAUUGAAUAGUCUGUUUCUGGUUUGCUGGACAUGUCUCACCAGCUUUUGUGUUGGCCUUAGCAGUUUGGUUUGCAAGACGUGUCUCACCAGCUUUUGAAUGGUUAUUACUGUGUUAUGAGAUUUGUUCAGAACAUUUUUUUGUGGAUUCCAUCUUUUUGUUGCUCUGGGAAAGGUGUCUGCUCUUGUAUGCAGGUUUCAAUGAGUCAAUCAGCAAUCUUAAACUUAGGGGGAGAUUGUUAGGCUGAAGAAUCUCAUCAAAUCAAGUUGACAGAUUGGA